AUGCUAAAGGCUGCUAUGAUGGCUGAGGAGCUAAAGAAAGGGCAGGACACCAGUGCUCACCUGGAGAGGAUGAAGAAUAACUUUGAAGUUACAGUUAAAGAUCUGCAGCACCAUCAAAACAUCUCCAAAAACUAGAAUCUAGGGUAUGCCAUGCUCUAUGAACACAGGAUACAGGUGCGUGAACUGGAGAGUGGGGUCAAAGCUGAGCAGAGACGUGGAGCUGAAGCCAUUAAAGGGGUCCAUAAAUAUGAGAGGAGAGUGAAGGAGCUCACCUACCAGACUGAAGAGAAUAAGAAGAAUAGACUGCAGGACCUUGUGGACAAACUGCAGCUCAAAGUGAAGGCCUACAAGAGGCAGGCUGAGGAAGCUGAGGAGCAGGCCAACACUCACCUGUCCAGGUACAGAAAAGUGCAGCAUGAGAUGGAGGAAGCUCAGGAGCGUGCUGACAUUGCUGAGUCCCAGGUCAACAAGCUGAGAGCCAAGAGCAGAGAUGCUGGAAAGGAGAAGGGCAAAUCACCUUAUGUUUUUUUUUUCAAUAAUUCAUAA